AUGACGCCGAAUCUCUUCCUCCUUGCUGCAGACAACAGCCCAUCUCUUUUGCCUCUUCUGAGAGAGAAUCUCGAGAUUUCAAAGUCGCAAGACGAGCACGGCUACUCUUUGGUCCAUGCUGCUGCAAGCUACAACCAUCUUGAUCUCCUUCGAGCAUUGAUAACCGAGCUAAAAGUCGAUAUUAACAUCAAGGACGAGGAUGACGAAACUGCUCUCUUCGUGGUUGAGACCCUCGGCGCGGCCAAGGCUUUGGUUGAGCUUGGCAUCGACGUCCAGCACAAGGGCCUAGAGGGACUCACGGCCGCACAGAAGAUUGAGGCCGAGGCUGAUUUUCCAGACGUGGCGACUUACUUGAACUCUCUCAACCUCGGCCAAGAUACUCAGCAAACUAUAUCGGGUGCCGCCUCACUGUCAUCGGGGCUCGCGCCUCCCCCGGACGGCAUGCAAUUUACAUUCGGAGCCAUAAACGAAGCGGAGGUUCCAACCGAGGUGGAUCAGGAAUUUCAGCGUCGGAUAGAGGAGUUCGCCCAACGCGACGACUUUAACACACCAGAGGGUCAGGCGGAUCUCAGAAGACUUGUCAAGGACGCCAUUAUGGAGCAAGGUCUCGGGGAAGAGAGAAGCACUAAGCCGAGGCGAGUAUGA